AUGCCCACGGAACCUCGGUCCCGCCUCCAGAGCCGGUCCUUCAAGGUGGACCUUGUUCGACGUAGCGAUUAUGUUCCUCACGGCCCAACUGCUCUACGCAAAGCAUACCGCAAGUUUGGAAUCACUUCGACCGACUUCACCGGCACUGAGCUGAGUGACUUUAAGCUCCUCGACACCAGCAGCCUUACCACCGCGAAGAGUGCCACCGAAGAUUCAUCUGAUACUGAGCAGACCGGCGCUGUUAGCGCCACUUCAAUCAAUGGCGAUCAGGAAUUCGUUUCGCCCGUAAACAUCGGCGGCCAAACCCUCCCAAUGAACUUUGACUCGGGAUCUGCAGAUAUGUGGGUGUUGAGCUCCCGGCUCCCGGCCACUCAAAAGCAGGGCCGAACUGUGUUCGAGGAGGACAACUCGACUACCUUCAAGCAAGUCCAGAACGGCACAUUCAGUAUCUCAUACGGUGACAGCUCCAAAGCCUCAGGCUUACUGGGCAAAGACACGGUCUCUGUCGGUGGUGUGGAGUUCAAAGAGCAAACGUUCGGCCUUGCAACUGAAGCAUCCGACGUAUUCAUCGAGGAUACAGCAUCAAACGGACUCGUCGGCCUCGGCUUCUCUUCUCUCAAUACCUUCAAGCCCGGUCCCCAGAAGACAUUCUUCGAGAACGUCGCCCCAACCCUUGACGAACCACUUUUCACCGCCAGACUACGCCCCGAUGGCGUCGGCCAGUAUGAAUUCGGCAAGAUUGACGAGACCAAGUACACUGGCAAUCUUGUCAACGUCAGCGUGGAUUCGUCCGAUGGAUUCUGGCUGUUCCAAUCGGCUCAAUACUCCAUCGACGGCGGCGCCUUCAACACCAUCACCCAGACAACCAAGGCCAUUGCCGACACGGGCACCUCGCUUCUGCUGAUCAGCCCCGAGGUCGUGCAAGCCUACUAUGCCAAGGUCGCGGGUGCUGUGUAUGCUGGCAAUGUCCAGGGUUGGAUUUUCCCCUGCGCAUCAACCCUCCCUAGUCUUUCCAUUGCAAUUGGCAACGACUAUGCGGCGAAGAUCCCCGGAAAGUUGAUCAACUAUGCCCAGAUCGGCACCAACACGACUACCGGUGCAACGCUUUGCUACGGUGGCGUCCAGUCCAACUCCGGUGGUUCAAUGUCAAUCUAUGGCGAUGUGUUCCUGAAGGCGCUCUUUGUCGUCUUCGAUCAGCGAGGUCCUUCUCUGGGAUUCGCCACUCCCACUUAG